GUCCGGCAGUGUGAAGAAUCACUGGGAGGAAAUCUACUACUUUGUGGAGAAUCUAGCAGAGAAAUUCAAAAGUCCCAUGCUGAGGAUGUCCUUCAUAACAUUCUCCUCCAGAGCAUCCACCAUCAUGAAACUGACGGAAAACAGAGUGGACAUCAGAAAGGGGCUGAACGCUCUGAAAAGAGAGAUUCCUGGUGGAGACACAUUCAUGCACCUUGGAUUGCAGAGGGCAAACGAGCAGAUACACCAGGAGAACUUUGGCACAGCCAGCGUGAUUAUUGCACUGACAGACGGAGAGCUGCAGGAAAAUCAGCUUAUUACUGCACAGCAAGAGGCGGAGAGGGCCAGGUCUCUUGGAGCCAUUGUGUACUGUGUUGGCGUCAAAGACUUCAAUGAGACACAGCUGGCCACCAUUGCAGAUACCAUCGAGCAUGUGUUUCCUGUGUUGGGCGGCUUCCACGCCCUCCGGGGAGUCAUUGAUUCGAUCAUCAAGAAAUCCUGUAUUGAGAUUUUGGCAGCCGAGCCCUCCAGUGUGUGUGCAGGAGAGUCUUUCCAAGUGGUGGUGAGAGGAAAUGGGUUUCUCCAUGCCAGGAACAUCAACCAGGUGCUCUGCAGCUUCAAAAUCAACGACACCAUUACAGUCAAUGAAAAGCCGGCCGGCGUAGAAGACACAUUUCUACUGUGUCCAGCUCCUGUCAUCGAUGAAGUUGGGAAGGUCAUUUAUCUCCAAGUGAGCAUGAAUGACGGCCUGUCCUUCAUCAGCAGCAACGUGCACAUCACCACCACAGAGUGUUUUGAUGGCACCAUUCUCCUGAUCACCCUGCUGGUGUUGUUCCUCCUGCUGGCCCUGCUUUUCAUGUGGUGGUUCUGGCCUCUCUGCUGCACUGUGGUGAUCAAAGAACCACCUCCUCCACCUCCUCCUGAGCCCGAGUCAGAUGAUGAAGACGGCCUGCCCAAGAAGAAGUGGCCCACUGUGGAUGCCUCAUAUUAUGGAGGAAGAGGAAUCGGAGGGAUCAAGAGGAUGGAGGUGCGUUGGGGAGGGAAAGGCUCGACCGAGGAGGGGGCUAAGCUGGAGAAGCCAAAGAACGCUGUGGUGAAAAUGCCAGAGCAGGAGUACGAGCCAUUCGAGCCCAAACCUAAGAAAGCUCACAACAAGAAGGCGCCUCAGAACCGGAAGUGGUACACGCCCAUCCGGGGUAAACUGGAUGCUAUCUGGGCUCUGUUUCGCCGCGGGUACGACCAGGUCUCCCUGAUGAGACCCCAGCCUGGAGAUCAUGGUCGAUGCAUCAACUUCACAAGAGUGAAAGACGAGUCAGCGGCAGCCAAGGCCCCCCAUCGCACCCCGAUCCACACACCCUCGCCCCCGCCACCGGACUACCGCCCUGUGACCCGCACCGCCUCCUCGUCGCCCACCUCCACCAGCCCUCCUGCCAGAUCACCCCCGUCAGGCCAGAUACCCCCAGGACCGCCACCAUCUCGCACACCCCGGGGCUUCCUUGUGCACCGCCGUCACGUCCCCCGCCCAGCCUUCGACCCUGAAUCACACAGACAAACCCCUCCCACGUCCCAACGCACCCGCUUUGAUAUCACAGACUUUCUGCUCUGCUGACCAGUUCUUUCAGUUUGAAGGUUGUGGUCCUCGCUGCCCAAGAUACUCCCGCUAUUGGCCAAAGAUCAGCAGUAUUUUGAAUCCCAGUCAUUCUGUGUUCCUCUUCUCGCAUCGGAAAGAAUGUCAAGUGAAACUGUGAGAUGGCAGGAAGUUAUUUAAACAUGCUAACACCAAGCAUGAUACAUUCUGGAGGUAACAAAUGUUAUAUAUAAUACCAGGAUACAUCGGUGAAAUAUUACCAACCUCAAUGCUCUCUGUGUUCACUGUUUAUAUGCAAAGUAAAGUGUGGAGCCCCCAAAACAAAAUAGUAUUUGAGCAAGAAAGAUUAUUUUGACAAACAGUUUGACUUGACAUUCAGUUGCAUACAUAGGGCGAUUGGGGUGAUACGGGGAAAUAUUUUAGUUAGUGUUGGCGUUUGUAAGAUCAGGGAGGAUUGUUGCUGGACAGCAAAGCAUGUAGGGACAGGAAGUCCACAGAAGAAUACUGCGAUGGAUGAAAUUUCUUUGUUGUCUUUAUCAACUACUGAGUUAGGCCAUUGUUGUCAAGAGUGAAGUUGAAAAGUAGGUUGUACAUGAAAAUCUAAGUUUAAACAUGAGCAGAAUGGAUUGGCUUAUUCCGCCAUUGCUAUGGUGGUGCAUCACAGGUUUUGGGAAUUAGAUUUCAAAGCAAUUUCAAUUGGUUGUGUUGUUAAUGGUGUUGAGUAACUAAGCUGAUUUGCUAAAAAAAAAAUUUGGACAUUGUUACUUGUACUCAGUGUUUUUCUUCAACUUCUUGUGAUGUUUCUUCUAUCCAACAACAUGCUAACCCAACUAAUUCCAGCCCUGUAAUACAGAAAUGAUUCAGUUACAUGAUUUAGUGGUCCAGUGUAGGUACCAUUCAGUGACAGGGACGUGUACAGAUGUUAUGUGGAAGGUAUGUUUUUACAAUAUGUGUUUAAGAUGAGUUUUUGAGUGUUACAUUGGUUAAUAUCUUUGAGGCUUUGGAUUUUGUCCUUAAACACCUUAUCAUGUAGUUGAAAUUAUAAUACAGCGAUAUGUCUUUUUGUUUUUUGUUUUUUAAUGGUAUCUGCGCACAUAGACUGCUGGGCAACUACAGUAUGUAUUUGUUUUUGUUAGCAUUUGGACAUUGAAACGAGCAACCAGAAAUCAGGUUAACGUCUCUCCUCACUUUUUUUUAAUACACAAUCCUGAUACUGUAUUUUGAUACCAAUGUGUUUUUUAUGUCUUCAGUUUUAUCAUCACCGGUCACAUUGCAACUGCAGGGCAGUUCAAAGAGCAUCUAAUUUAUUUUACUCCCCGAGAGAAAUAAAGGAGAGUACUUGAAUAUUGACAAGGUGUCCAACCGCCAAGACGGACACUGUGCGCAGAAUUUAGAAACACAACAGCUAGCCAGUUCACAGAAGGUUUACCAGCGUUUCUCAACCCCUCUGCUACAGUGAGAAACAUUUGAAACAGGAAGUGAACCAGCUACAUUUUAUGCUGUGUAAAUUAAAAAAAACAAAAAAAACUUUUGUAGCAGGCCAAAAGACGCCGCCAGCGACGUUUACAUGUUAGCAGUGACUACAUGCUAAGGGGGGGGGACACCUCCCCGCCAAAAAUAAACAAGAACAGAACUAUGACAUUGUGGCUUCAGGGUGUAGAAAAGAGGGGGAAAUUUGCUGGUAUUCCUUUUAUAUCCAGUGCCUACUGGAAUUUUCAUCUUGUUUGAUUUUUUACACUUUCAUUUUGAUGUGUGUCAUUCAGCUAUUUGUGUACUGUUGUGUUACUACAGGCAUUCAUAAUCGCUCUCAGUGCCUUAAAGCUGAAAGCUAAAAGAAAGGCACCUACGUUGCUUCUCUCAUGUGUCCAACCACCCACACAAACCUUUUCUUCCGUUGAAAACAACUUGAUCUGACUUGAAUUAGAACACAUUUUAAUCAAGGGCUGUAUGCGCAAUCCUCAAAUGAAUUGUGAUGCAUUGGUAUAGUUUCCAUGAACAAAUCAGACAUGUGUAAAACAAUCCAAUUUUGCUAGCAAUGUCUAGCAUCAAAUUUGACCCUCAAAUUUCCCACAACCCCUAUAGGUUCUGAUCAAAACAGCUACCUAGCUGUCUCUGACUCCCUCUCCAAUUUUGCUUUUAUAGCUCCAUUUCAAAACACAGUGCACCUUUUACAUAGGUUUUUUUACAUACAUUUUCUACAUACCUAUUUGUUAAGCCAUGUUACCUUUUAUGGCGAGACCACUGGGAAUUAGAUUUUCCUUAAAAAAGUCAGCUGUUUACAGAUUCCUAAACCCACAACACAAUUAUACUGUAUUACGUUGUAAUUUGCUGCACCAUCAAACUGCAUCUUGGUCUGACUUACCCCGUUUUUUUUUUU